AUGGCCCGAGCGUAUCUCCAAGAAGCCAAUCUCCCAAAGAACUUCUGGUUCUGGGCAGUCCGAGAAGCUUUCUUUCGUAUGAACCUUCUUCCUGUCAACAUCGGCCCACGUGGAACCAAACACAGCGAACAACACCUCAGCACACCAUUUGAACUCUUCUACGGAUGCAAACCUGAUAUGUGUGUCCUCUUCAAGUUUGGCAGUGUCGGCUUCUUCUACCGACCUGUUGAUGGGAGUCGCUCCAGAACCAAAUUCGAGGUACAAACCUUUCCUGGGAUAGCGCUGGGACGCAGUGACACCACCAACGGAAUGAUCUUCUGGUGUCCAGAAACCAAAAGGUUCUGCACGGCGGCGGACUACUUCCUGGACGAAAGUAGACAUGUUCGCAACUUCUUCCCUGAGCUGGUCAACAAUGGGGGGUUUGAAUUAAAACUGUGUGAGCACGGACUCCACGGCAAAGCCAUCAAACACCCUCCUGGGAGCACUGUCACGUUCCGUCUUCCCGGACCAGUUCAACCAUCUGAACGGCCAUUGUUCACCAGUGGAGAAGUCAUUGGGCUACCCAUGAAACGGGGAUCCCCAUACUACACUGUCAAGCUUCAAGAUGACACCACAGUGGCACUGGACCCAGCGGAACUCUGGGAGCCAGAUGACGCAUUGGCAGGACUGGAAUUGAUUGACGACCCUGACCACAGCGAUCCCACAUCCCCAGUUCGUCCAGCCUGGCUCAUCCAAAACUGUCACGUUCGUUUCAAUCACCAGGGCCAGAUGCUCAGAGGGUACCUCAAGCACACGGACUCCUACUCCUGGUGUUUUCGGCAGAGAGACCGUGGCGGCCGUGUCAUCACGGACGUUCCUAUUCCUGACUUGGACGUGUAUUGGCAACAUUAUCUGCUGGAAGGAUUGCUAAUUGUUGGAUGGGAUGAACCAGAUGUUACUCUCGAAUCCAUCGAGUCCGGAUUAUCAGAUCUGGUUGGACUCAUACCGAGAAGAAUACGAUGGGAUCAAGCGUCUGAAUACAUACACCGUGGUGGACGCAGCUGA